AUGUCACUUGCCUUUACUCGUUUUAAGCUGCGAUGCACCACCUACACGGUGGAUGUGGUGCGCCGGUUUUGCGACGGGUGCAAUGCAGUGUUGUCGGCCGUGGGCGCACCCCUUGCCAGCCUUGGCCACCGCAUUGGACAGGAGUCUCCCUGGGUUGUUAUCCUUUUUGCCUCCUCGGGCAUCUCCGUCUUCCCCUUGCUGCUAUACCCGGUGCUCAAGCCGUACCUCAUGAAUGACAUUCGCUGGCAAAAGGAGGAGGAACGUGUGCGGCUCUGCCUGCAGAAGGGAAUAGACCCCUACCCGUACCUGCGCCACAAGGACUACGUCUUUGGCAACGUGGUUCCCGCUACACAAUCCGAGGAGGAGGUGCCUCUUGAGGUGUCCUGGGAGCACCAGGCGAUGGAGGAGUUCCAGCGGGCCAAGGAAAAGCUUAGGAAGGAAGUGGGCGGUGACGUGAAUGACUCGGUAGCAAAGUUGAUGGCGCUGCGGGAGAACCUGCGGCGCGAGUUUGAGCGAAGCCGUCACGCAGUAUCGAAUGAGCCUCGUAAUCUUAUAUUUGGGAGGCGGGGCGACGUCGACUCUAUGCGGUCCUGA